CUCCCAUAACAGGGUUCUCCACAUUAACCAGCCCUGCAGCUCUCUGGUGGUGGAAUCAGCCUCAGCUCUCUGCUGCUCCACCACACGCUACAUCAGCUGAUCCAUCACGUGGUCUGGUGUCGUGGGUCAACCCUUUUUGCAAAAUGGAGUUGUCUGAGUCUGUGCAGAGAGGACUGCAGUCUCUAGCCGACCCGUCCUCCUGCUUCGACCAGAGCAGCUACCAGGCGCUGCUGGACGCGUCCUUCCGCAGCCUGCUCUCCUCUGCAGCGGACCCGGGCGUCCUCGAUCAGCCCGAGCUGAAGCAGAUCGACCAGAUCCUGCUGAAGCAGAGUCACACCGCAGUGACCACCUUCAUACUGGAGGCGGUCAAACAAAACGCAGACAAGUCAACGAUCAGCUCCUGCCUUGAAGAGCUCACAUUCAGUGCAGAGAGAAUAGAAAUCUUCUAUAGCACACAUCAGGUGACACUUCAAACAAUAUUGCAUUUAUAAAAUUUUACAAAAAAAAUGUUUUGUCAUCUUGUGACUGUGCCCAUAACUCAUUGAUCUCCAUGUUUUGUUUUACAGAAACAUAAAAAAGAACUGGAGCGCCUGUUAGCAAGCAUAGGAAGGUGUCCACCUCAGAUUACAGACGCGUCAUGGCGUCUACAAUACCACGUAAAGAACGCACAGGUCGAUAAGGUCAACGAGCCUUUCUACUUGAUUUCAUUGAACACGGAGAAUGAAGGAUCCACGGAAGAUAUCAACUUCACCUGCACAGUGGAGCAGCUACAGGAUUUGGUGGGAAAGCUCAAAGACGCUGCCAAGAGUGUGGAGAAAGCCACUGCACUCACCAACUUUCAUUGUCUAGUCGCCUCAAGCUCCACGGAUUCACAGCCGAGCCUCCAGGAUUGUUGUUCCUUUCCUCUCAACAUGCAUCGGACGACCAGGAUAAAGAUUACUGAGCUCAACCCUCACCUCAUGUGCGUCCUGUGUGGAGGAUAUUUCAUAGACGCAACGACCAUCAUCGAAUGUCUUCAUUCAUUUUGCAAGAUGUGCAUUGUGCGCUACCUGGAAACCAGCAAAUACUGUCCCAUCUGUGAUGUACAAGUGCAUAAAACCAAGCCUCUGCUCAACAUUAGGUCUGACAAAACUCUACAGGACAUUGUGUACAAGCUGGUUCCCGGCCUCUUCAAAAAUGAAAUGAAGAGGAGGAGAGACUUUUAUGCGGAUCACCCUGUAGAUGCCUCUAAUGGAUCAAAUGAGGAUCGUGGAGAGGUAGCGGACGAGGACAAGAGAAUUAUUACAGAUGAUGAGAUCAUCAGCCUCUCUAUUGAGUUCUUUGAUCACAGCAGACUGGGAGGUGCAGUGGAAGACAAGCCGUCUAAAGAUCAAAAUAUUGUGGCUAACAAGAGGUACCUGCAGUGUCCAGCAGCCAUGACAGUCAUGCAUCUGAGGAAGUUUCUGCGAAGCAAAAUGGACAUCCCAAAUGCCUACCAGGUUGAAGUCAUGUAUGAAGACGAACCUCUGAAAGAUUACUACACGUUAAUGGAUAUAGCAUAUAUCUACACUUGGAGAAGGAACGGCCCGUUGCCUCUGAAGUACCGAGUCCGACCCAACUGUAAGAAGAUGAAGGUGAGCCACGCACAGCAGGAAGGCCAGAACAGCGUGAGCAGAGCAUCCGGUCCAGAGAGCGACUCAGCCAGCGACAAAGCAGGGAGUCCCACCGGGGCUCCGUCCACGUCCUCGUCUCUACCGAGCCCCGGUACACCUGCAGCUCAGUCUCCGCAGCAGCACCCCGUUAACGGGACUCCGGCUGUGGCUCCUCCGAACCCCAGCCGGUCCUUCACUCAGUGCGGCAGCAGCAGCAAGCCGAGGAAGGUGUCUCUGAACGGCUCGUCGACCUCCUCCGGAUGACGCGGAGCUCCGGACCAGAAACCAGCCAACGCCAGACAACCGCUCAGCUAAUAUAGGCCUCCUGUUUCCAUGCCAACGUAGCUCCAUUGUGUAGACAACUCUUCUUCUUCUUCUCUCCAUCAUCUGUUGUUCUGAAUAUUAUGGCAUCAUAUGUAAGUUUAUAGUGGAAUCAGAGACAUUUCAAUAAUAAUAAUAAAAGGAACAGAGGAAAGUUGGGUGGGAAUGUUUUUUUUAUAAUAUGAAAGCAGAUUUUUUGAUGUUGACUUUAAAAAAAAAAAAAAAGAAAAAAAAAGAAAGUUGGAAAAAGGAGAUGGACAAGCAUUUAUCCCCAUUUUUUUUUUUUUUUUUUUUUUUUUAAAAGCUACAUCUUUAUUUUAACAGAAGUGACCGAAGAAGAUUUUAUAUUUUCUUUUACUUUUUUUCAGAUUUCAAAAAACGUGUAUAAAAAUCAUGAUUAUUAUCAUGUGUGUUAUGGGAUAUUUUGUCAGUUUAAAAAACAUGCAUGCUCAUGAUAACACUUUUUUUUUUUAAUUUUAUGAAAGAGGAUUCUGUGUGUUUGCCCCCACAAGUCUAGUUUUUUGGAAGUGUUUGAGAUCUUUGUUCCACUUAAAGGAACAUAACUUUGUAUGCUGUUGGCUUCAUGGAAAACAUGCCUAUAUGGAGGAGAAAAAAAACAACUUUAAAUUGCCUUUUACUGGAAAAACAAACUUGUAGCUGCAGUGGAAUCGGAUUGCUUAUUAUCCUCCACGUCUUUAACACGUUAUAAGCGAGAAUCCACGUGUAAAUAUAAACAAAAUGCAUAUUUAAUCAGCGAUGAUGUUAUUCUCUUAUUCCCCUUUUGUUGUUGAGGGAAUGACUUGGGCUCCUUGUUUCAGCUCCAUUUCAUGCUCAAUGAUGUUUUUGAUGUCUCUCCUCGUGUUUUCCGUAUUUGUAUCGCUCGAUUGUAUGGACAACUUAUUGUAUUGUUACUGUUGCACAGUAUAAAACAUCUAAAUAAAACAUUUUACACUUAUA